CACCAGCUCAGCAUCAUCGGCUUACCGCCUGCUCCUUCCAGGGAAUAAACUCUGAAUAGUUUUCCUGAGACGACUGCUGCAGAAACAGUCAGUGCAAAAAUGUCUCAGCUGUCUGUCCUGCUGCCUCUGACAGGUCUUUUCUUCUUGAUCUCCGCAACAUUUGGCUCAGAAUCCACGCCGUACCCGGUGACCUGUGUGACCCGUGGAGCAGACCUGGAGAAGGACGGCAUGGUAGUUUUGUGUCCUACUGACUGCAGCCAGUGGAGGGUGUCGGUAUUCGGGACGAAGAUCUACGCCUCCGUUUCCUCUGUCUGUGGAGCUGCUAUCCACAAUGGAGUGCUGGGUCAGUCUGGCGGCACCGUCAGGGUUCUGAGGCUGCAGGGACGACACAACUACAUGAGCUCCUACGCCCACGGGAUCCAAUCACAGGCCCUGUCCCGCUGGACCGCCUCCUUCAGCCUCACCAAGCCUGUUGAUGUCCCACUGGAGUUGACGAGUGAGAUCACUGCCACAAUUCUGCCUGCAGCCGCACAACCAGCAGCAAAGAAACCACUGAAGAAGCCAUCAGUGAAGAAAGCCCUGACAGGUGGAAACAAAGACUGUCCGAUGGAUAUAGCUAUGGUGAUCGAUAGCAGUAACAACAUUGGGCAGCGGAGGUUCAACCUACAGAAGAACUUUGUCACCAAACUGGCAGCCAUGUUGAGAGUCGGAUCAACAGGACCGCAUAUAGGACUGAUCCAGGCCAGUGGUUCUCCAAGGACUGAGUUCUUGCUGAGCAACUACACUCAACCUAAAGAGCUGCUGUUUGCCAUCAAGGAGCUGGCUUACCUGGGAGGAGACACCAACACAGGUAAGGCCAUCAUGCACACGGCAGAGACCUUUUUCAGCCAGGACAAUGGCGGGAGGCGCGGUCACCCCCGGGUGAUGAUGGUGCUGGUUGACGGCUGGCCGUCUGACGACCUGGAGCAGGCGGCCAUGUUGGCCAGAGAGUCUGGCAUCAACGUCUUCCUGGUGUCUGUGGCCAAACCGGCGGCUGACGAGCUCGCCAUGGUGCGAGACAAGGACUUCAUGAAGAAGGCGGUGUGUAAAGAUAACGGUUUCUUCAGUUAUUUGAUCCCCAGCUGGUUCAGCACCACCAAACAUGUCAAACCUCUCGCUCAGAAGCUCUGCUCGCUGGACAACCUGCUCUGCAGUAAAACCUGCUACAACUCGGUGAACAUCGGGUUCCUCAUCGAUGGUUCCUCCAGCGUCGGAGAGGGAAACUUCCAGCUCGUCCUGGACUUCCUGGCCGGAAUCGCUAGAAGCUUUGAGAUCUCAGAUGUGGGAGCUCGCAUCGGUGCGGUGCAGUUCACCUACGAUCAGAGGCUGGAGUUCAGCCUGUUUGACCACUCCAACAAAGAGGACUCCAUCAACGCCCUGAAGAGGAUCCCCUACAUGAGCGGAGGAACGGCCACCGGAGCCGCCAUCAGCUACACCACCCAGAACCUGUUCAGGCGGACGGGACCAGGCCGCAAUUUCCUCAUCGUGAUUACAGAUGGCCAAUCAUAUGACGACGUCAGGGAUCCGGCGAUGGCUGCACAGAAAGAAGGCAUCACCAUGUACUCGGUGGGCGUGGCCUGGGCACCCGUGGAUGACCUCAGAUCAAUGUCAUCAGAGCCGAAGGACAGCCACACGUUCUUCACCAGAGAGUUCACCGGCCUCGCUGAGUUCAUCCCUCUGCUGGUCCGAGGUGUCUGCCGAGACUUCACAGAGAAUAACUAAGAAAAAAACAAAAACGCACACACACACACACACACACACACACACACACACACACACACACACACACACACACACACACACACACACACGUGUUUGUACUUUUAUACUUGUGAUCAGCGUUUCACACUGUGACAGUUAUCAGUACACCAUCCACUCAUUGCACUGCAUUUUGCUAUACUUCAGUAAGUGUGAAAGCUUCUUAUGCAUUCAAAAUAGCAAGUGUAGGUUCGAGAAGCCGCAAAUUGAGACAUAGUUAAAGUCUUAACUCUCAAACAGACAUUUUAAUAAGCGAAAACAAGAUCAAAUAUCCUCAGUUUUUAACAUGUCCCCACUUUGCAGGCAGAUUAUGCGGUCCUCACAAGGAUAUGAGUACAAGAAUUGACACACACACUGUAUAUAUACUGUAAACAUAUUUCAACUAUUACUGAUAAAUACACAUGUAUAUAAAAUACACACAACAUAGCAAGUCACACACAUAUAUAUAUAUAUAUACCCAAAAGAAAACUAUUUAAUGAAGGAGAUGUUGGGAAGUCAACAAAGCACCAAUCAUCAUCAUCAACAGUAGAAACUUAGAUUUAGUUCAAUACAUUAAAGUACAGCACAAAUCAGCUUGUGUCAUUUUACUGCAAGGUUCAAUUAAGGAAGCUACUUUAUAUAAAACUAAUUUGAACUAUGAAAUAAAAGCCUUCCGGGGAUCCACUUAUAAAUACUGGAUCUUGUAAUUCACAAGCAAAAUGAACAAAGAUACUAUUUCCCCAAUCAUCUCCUUGUUAACAUACAUAUCUUUCUCUCUUAGUUCUAAGUUUUAUAUUUUGUAAUUAUCCUGAUGUACAUUUUUAACCCACAUGUGGAUUUCUGUGUUUUUGUUGAACUGGAAUCUGAAUUCUUUCUACAAGGAAAAAGCUAUAGCACCGCGUCAGCAGAAACAUCUGACUUUUAAAUGUUCACUUCAACCAUAAGAAAGUGUUUUCAUUUAAACGCUUGUCUGUUUAUUUUACGAACAGAAGCAGGAAAAUAGAUUCACAGAGACAAACGCCUGAUUUGUAACUAUGUUGUUAAUGCACAGCUGGAAUACAUUCAUGUUAAUAAUAUUAAUAAGAAAUGUGCCAAAAGUAAACUACGUCUUUUAUGUCAAUGUGGAUCUGACUACAGAUUAAACAUUCGUCAAAUCUUUUUAAUUCAAUGAAGUUUUGCAUGUGAUGUGAAAAAAACAAUUUGUGCUAAAAAAAAUACUUAUUUUGUGUUCUUUAUUAUUUGCAUGCAGAAAUUGAUAAAUUAUUUUGUUGACAUUUUAGCAUGUUUUUAGGAGUUGUAGCUAAAUCUGAAGUACAUCCAUGUGCUGCAUUUAAUGCAUUAAACGGCAUUAAAUCCAACCUUUUAAUCUAGAUUACAUCGUUCAUUUUUAAUGCAACAGAAGGAACCGAGGUUUAAGCAAAAUAAACAUGAACAAUCUAAUGUAGCUGCUUUGGGUUUAAUGCAGUCUUGUCUUGAUCUUGGACAGAGAUAUGUGGAUAUACUUUGCAAUUUUUCCUGUUUAACAAAAUUGUAUUUGUGCAUUAUAUUCAAAUAUAUGUUUAAACACAUGUUAAAACGUCGCAAGGUUACAGCACAUUUCAGCAACAUCGCUUCAUGUUUCCUGUGACAUUCAAACAAAAGCAAAAUGUCAACUAUUGUUUAACGUUCUGUUCAUUUGAGAGAACAAUUUAUUCAUUCAUACAAAUUCAUUUGUUGUGUCCUCCAUGUCACAUGUCAGGUUGCAUAGAUUUCAGUCCAUAAUAGUGUUUUUUAUUUAAUUUUGGAAAGAAAUUAGAUUACUAGCUUUUAAAAUGUAGAUUACCAUCGAUAAACCAUCAAUACAAAAUGAUAGAAUGACCUGUUUGGUUCCUUUCUUUUGGGAAACAAGGUCCUGUUGGCCAACAUGAUGUUUUUGCAGGAGGAGUUGGACAUCAUAAUUUAAGAAAAGAUAUACAACAUGAAAGAAAUCUGAUUUUCUGUCUCUGUAAAUUAAACCUAUGCGAUUUGGAUGUUAAAUGAUGAUUAUGUCCUUUUUCUGUAUUUAUUAACUGUUUUCUCUG